GGUCCCUGUGGUGCUGAUGGUGGCGAUGAUGCUUCCUAGCGGUGACUGUUUGUUGUCAUCAUGGCCGCCUCUAGCUACGACCGGGCGAUCACCGUCUUCAGCCCCGACGGCCAUCUGUUUCAGGUGGAAUAUGCCCAGGAGGCCGUCAAGAAGGGGUCCACGGCGGUGGGUGUGAAGGGCAAGGAUGUGGUGGUGCUGUGUGUGGAGAAGAAGUCUGUGCCCAAGCUGCAGGAGGAGAGGACUGUGCGCAAGAUCUGCCUCCUUGAUGACCACGUUCUCAUGGCUUUUGCAGGGCUAACUGCUGAUGCACGUAUCCUGGUGAACCGAGCCCGCGUGGAGUGCCAGUCCCACAAGCUGACUGUGGAGGACCCUGUCACCUUGGAGUACAUCACUAGGUUUAUUGCCACCCUGAAGCAGCGGUACACACAGAGCAAUGGGCGGCGGCCUUUUGGCACCUCUUGUCUCAUCGCUGGGUUUGAUAUGGACGAGACACCUCACCUGUACCUGACUGACCCCUCUGGCACCUACACUGAGUGGCAGGCCAAUGCCACCGGGCGCAGUGCCAAGACUGUGCGAGAGUUCCUGGAGAAGCACUACACAGAGGAGGCAGUGUCCAACGAGGAGGGGGCCAUCAAGCUGGUGGUGAAGGCCCUGCUGGAGGUGGUGCAGUCAGGGGCCAAGAACGUGGAGGUGGCCAUUAUGAAGCCCAACGAGCCCAUGAGAAUGCUGGACAUUGAUAGCCUUGAGAAAAUUGUUGCAGAAAUUGAAAAGGAAAAGGAGGAAGAAGCAGAGAAGAAGAAACAAAAGAAGUAGUAUAAUGUCCUGAGGACUUAGGUAGAUUAGGUUUAACUAAUUGUGUGGACAGCUUUCCUCCCCUUCAUGAUAAGGAUAAUAUUCAAACAUCUUUGUUAUUUGAUUUACAAUAAAUGUAAGAACUUUUCA